AUGAGACUCGCCGCAGCGACAGCAUUGAUGCUAUACACAUUCGCAGCAGCAAGUGCCGGACAGACCCCUUCAUCGACUAAGCCGCAGCAUCACGAAGAUGCUUUGCAAGCAAACUACACUUCUCCUCUAGGCGUACAGUACAUCAACCCAUCAGAGAGCUACGACGUCACGGGCCCCUACAGCCUCUUAUCAAUAGCUGGCCCAACACUUUACAUCGCGGGGGUUCGCGGUAUUCAUCCCUCGAAUAGCACACUCGCGGAGACCGGAUACUCUAGGAUCCGACUUGCGUAUGAGAAUAUGGCGUCUUUGGCUCGAUCGGCGGGUAGUGAUUUGGACUCGUGCGUACGACUGGUGGUAUACGUAUCAGACAUGUAUCGCUAUCGUCCCAUCGUCAACCAGGUCCAGCAGGAACUCUGGGCGGAGUUGAAUAGUACUGGCAAAUUGCAGUUCCCACCAAGGACGAUCAUCGAAUCACAGAGAUUGAACGACGACGAUAUUGUUGAGGUUGAGGGGACGUUUUGGCUAGGCUGA